AUGACCAGUACUGUCAACUACUACCCAAACGAGCCAACCAAACCGAUUAUUAAGACUUCAGCGAUUCCAGGUCCCGAAUCUCAAAAGCAACUUGCGCAACUAGAUAAGGUUUUUGAUGCAAGAGCAGCCUACUUUGUCGGAGACUAUGAGAAAUCUGACGGCAACUACAUUUUUGAUGUGGAUGGCAACGCCUAUCUAGAUUUGUAUGCUCAAAUCGCUUCCAUCGCACUGGGCUACAAUAACCCAGCUUUGAUCAGGGCAGCGCAGUCUCCAGAAAUGAUCAGAGCUUUGGUGGAUCGCCCAGCUCCAGGCAACUUCCCAUCUGCGGACAUGGCCAAGAUUUUGGCUAAGAUCCUGCAAUUUGCUCCAAAGGGCCAGGACCAUGUUUGGUCCGGUCUUUCCGGCGCCGACGCCAAUGAACUCGCCUUCAAGGCUGCCUUCAUGUACUAUCGUGCUAGGGAGAGAGGCUACGAGACUGAGUUCUCCGCUGAAGAAAAUGCCAGCGUGAUGGACAACGCCGCUCCGGGUGCUCCGGACCUUGCUGUGCUUUCUUUUAAGAGGGCAUUCCACGGUCGACUUUUUGCAUCGGGUUCUACCACGGUCUCGAAGCCUAUCCACAAGCUGGAUUUCCCGGCUUUUGACUGGCCUCACGCUGAGUAUCCAACUUACAGGUACCCAUUGGAAAAAUACGAGGAAGAGAAUCACAAGGAAGAUGACCGUUGCCUGGAGAUCGUCGAGCAUUUGAUCAAAACUUGGAAAAGCCCCGUCGCUGCUUUGAUCAUUGAGCCAAUUCAAUCUGAAGGUGGUGACAACCACGCCUCAAGAUACUUCUUACAGAAGUUGAGAGAUAUCACGCUGAAGUACAACGUGGUGUACAUUGUCGAUGAAGUUCAAACAGGCGUUGGAGCCACUGGAAAAAACUGGUGCCAUGAGUACGCCGAUAUCCAACCACCAGUUGACUUGGUUACAUUUUCUAAGAAAAUGCAGAGUGCAGGCUAUUUCUUCCACGACCCUAAAUUCAUUCCCAACAAGCCCUACAGACAAUUCAACACCUGGUGCGGUGAACCCGCUAGAAUGAUCAUUGCUGGUGCUAUUGCCCAGGAGGUUAUCGACCACGACUUGACGUCUCAGGUAAACCGUGUGGGAGACUACCUCUUUAAGAAACUCGAGGCUUUGCAAGCUCAAUAUCCAGCGAGAUUUCAAAACCUCAGAGGCAAGAACAGGGGUACUUUCAUCGCCUGGGACUUGCCAACUCCAGCAGAGAGAGAUACUCUACUGAAGAAAUUGAGGCUGCACGGUUGCAACGUCGGCGGCUGCUCUACGAACUCGGUAAGAUUGAGACCGACCUUGACUUUCGAGGAAAAGCAUGUUGAUAUUUUCAUUGAUGCUUUGUCUAAGUGUGUGGCCGAGCUAUAG